GGAAGAUGAGAUGUGCUGGGAGUUGAUGGCCUUGAGGGAGGUGUUGGGUGCUGUGAUUGGGCAAAAAAAAAAAAAGAGCUGAUUUGGGAGGAGAGAGCAAGAGGAGCCCCAGGGGUGUGUCCCCGUGGGCCUGGGUGGGGUGUGGCAGGGAUGGGAGCAGUGCUGGACUCGCUGGCAGGUCUGUGUGGGGAAGAUCCAUAAGGCAGCUCUUCCUGCCACCAAGGACUUUGGUUUUGGACCUCGAUGGUGUGGAGAUGUGGGAGAGAUGGUAGGAGCCCAGAGGGCAGUGCCCUCCUGCAGCCUCAAAGGGUUAACAGGUCCCAGGGAGCCUGGAGGGGCCGUUCACACCCUCUGCCCAAUCCUGGGAAUCCCUCGGUGUUAAUUGAGCACUAACCAGAUCAAAGGCUCCAAUCAGGCGAUCAACACCCCCCUGGCCCCUCUCUUGGUGUCCCACCCUGGCUGCUCUUUGUCUGCAGAAGGAGAGUGGAGCAAUGUGGCUUCUCCCCAGCUUCAGAGCCUGCCUGGCCUGGGCUCUGCUCAGCCUGGUCCUGGGGAUGGAGUUAAGUUUGCAGGAAAGUUUCCUGUUAAAAGCCUUGGGUUUGAGCACCAAGCCCAGCCCCAAAGCCCCCGUUCCUGUGCCCCCUGUGCUCUGGAGGAUCUUCCAGAAGAGAAAGAUGCUGCCUUCUACAAACAGAGACCCGGUGGAUGCCUGUAGGGUGGAGGAAUUUAAUGUCCCUGGGAACAUCAUCCGUGUCUUUGCUGACCAAGGCCACUUCAUUCACAGCAGGCAGCCCCAGAGGCUGCUGUGUCUGCAGAAACGUCUGUACUUUAACCUCUCUGUGCUGGAGGAGGACGAGCACUUGACCAUGGCUCAGCUGGAGGUCAAAUUCAGCCACAACUCCUACCACACCUCCAGCCAGGGGCAGGGCUUUGAGCUGAGGCUCUACCAAACCUCCCAGCUGCCCCUGAGGGAGAUGCCCUCCCAGGAGCCCGGCCGGAAGCUGCUGGUGGAACAAUCCUUUGUGCAGCUGCACAAAUCUCUUCUCUUCAACCUGAGCGGGGCUGCCAAGGACUGGAGAACGUUCAGCAGGAACCUGGGCCUGAUCCUGGAGAUCUCGGUGAGCGGCAGGGAUGGAGCAUCAGCCCUGGGCAGCGAGGGGCUGCAGGGCCUCUGCACCAGCAUCAACUCCUUCCUGGACACCUCCCUCCUGGUGGUGACCCUCAGCCAGCAGUGCAAGGCUUCCCGGAGGAGGAGAAGUGCUCGUUACCCCCCUGUGACCCCCAGCAACCUCUGCAGGCCCCGCAGGCUUUACAUCAGCUUCAGCGACGUGGGCUGGGAGAACUGGAUCAUCGCCCCCCAGGGCUACAUGGCCAAUUACUGCCUGGGGGAGUGUCCCUUCCCCCUGACAGCCGAGCUGAACAGCACCAACCACGCCAUCCUGCAGACCAUGGUGCACUCGCUGGACCCCGAGGGGACCCCCCAGCCCUGCUGUGUCCCUGUCAGGCUCUCCCCCAUCUCCAUCCUCUACUAUGACAACAAUGACAACGUGGUGCUGCGGCACUACGAGGACAUGGUGGUGGACGAGUGUGGCUGCAGGUAGUGGGGGGGGCAGGGGGGGCCUGGAGGGAGCAUUGGGUGAUGGAUGGAAUAAAUCCAAGUGUGUUAAAUCCCCUCUGUGCUGGUGUUCAGGGAGUUUCCCCGAGCGUGCCAGAGCUUCCCCCAGGCUGCCCUGCUCCAGGUGCAGCCAGGGAGGAGGUUCUGGCCCCCAGGGGUGGCUGCUGGAGCUGGGAUGUGGGGGCAGCUCAGUGCUUGGCUCUCCCUGUAGCCUCUGGGGCUUCUGGGAUGAUGAUCGAGGCUGAUGGUGGCUGUUUGUUCCAUUCUCCAUGGGGAACAGCAGCUCCAGGCUGUGAAUCCCAGACCACUCUUGUGCUGGGCUGAGGGACCCGUGGUGGGAGCAGCUGGGGUGCUCCUGCUCUUCAGCUGGUUGGCUUGAUGCUGCUUGUUUCUUUUUUUGGUGACCUGGUGCUGGUGGGUGCUCAGGUGCAGGGCAGGUCCUGGGCUGUGCCAGGAGGAGGUGACACGUUUGCUCUGGUGUCACACAGGAGGGACUGAAUCCCCUUCCCCAGGGGAGGCAGAGCCUGGGGGAGCCCGGGUUUCCCUUGGGCUGUUUCUGGUGGGUGCCCCAAGGGGCAGCUGCUGCAGGACAGGUUGUGGCUGAGGAAGGGGGAGCAAAGCAGGGGCUGU